AUGAAGCUAACUACUUUUGCCAUCUUAUCAUUCAGGGGUCAAGCUCUGUCAGCCACUCUGUUGAAGCGCGAAUGCGGCGUGCCACCAGGCGCACAUUGCGAUAUUGUCGGCCGGAUCAGGUGCGAAUUUAACGGAGGACAUAUGAUACAUUUGGAAGAAUGCAUUGCGCUGCUGAUGAUACUUGGUCGUACGGCUCGAACUGCGCUGCGGCUAGUAAACCUUGCCUUUGCGAGACGGGCACUUGCGCUGUUUGAACAUUCAACUCAGCUUUAA